CCGUAAGCUCUCCUUAAAAUACACCUAAAUCUUUUCAUCCCUUUGCCCAUUCUCUUUCAAGGAGGGAAUGUGUAUGUGUAUGUAUGGUGUGUGUGUGUGUGUGUGUGCAGGCAGGUAAUGAAAGAGAUCAGAAAACUUCUGGAAGAGUUGUGAGAAGUGGGUGGGUGGCUGCAGGGGAUUAGAGAAAUGAGUAUAAAAGAGGACGAUGGAUGCCAGAAGAAAAGGAGAAGAGAGACUGCAGAAGAAGAAAAAAAAAACGAGCUGAGGAUUCAAGCUCACCUUUGUUUUGCAUUUCUCUACGUGCUCUCUGAAAGGCUGACCGCUGUGAAACGCUGAGGAAAUGAAUGCAAUGGAUGCCCCAGCACCCACAGACAAGAAGGGACCUCCCAGGUUCAAGCAAAGGAUAGUCCGGACUUUCAAGAGCAAAGCACCAAGACCAGGCCAGAAGGGUUUCGGAGAGGACAUCCCUGGAAUGGAGGAUCUCGGCACAGACUUCACUGUGAUUUGUCCGUGGGAGGCUUACGGCGACAUGGAGCUAAGCGAUCUGUCCAAAUAUGGAAUUUUGUAGCUUGCAGUUUUGUACGUCUUUGUUUUGGACCCCUCUUCUUUGACAUGUUCUUAUUGUUGAGUAGUUCAUGGUGCUACAUUUCACUAACCUGGACAGUCAAAAUAUAUAAAAGUGCCCCCACCCCCACAGUUAACAUCAUUGAACUGAUCUAGAAGCUUUGCCGCAUCCCUCGAUUCCUUUGAGGCUAUUUUAAGAAUUGGUACGUCCAAAACGAUGGCGCACUUCAGCUGAUUUCCAGACCAUGCACUGAAGGAUAGAAGCUCGAGGAAUCAAGGAGGCAUCAUUUCACAUUCUGGGGUGUAUCCCAUGCUGCACAGCCUAAAUUUGCAUACUGAAGUAUGAUUGGUUCUUAUAUUUUAUGAUGCAAUUCUACUCACCCAUAAUGCUGUUGUAAUCCAAUGAGAUUGUCAAGUCUGAAUUUCUUGAAUGUACUGGCUUAAUUUAGUUUUUUUGUAAUUUUAAAAAAAAUUUUCAUGACAAAAACGAAUGUGCAAUUCAACCUUCUGCAGUAUAUGUGGCAAAAUCUAAUUUCCUUAUAAUAAUAAUAAAAAAAAAAGAAAAACACUCAGAACUA